GAAAAAUUGGCGUUAGACACGUUUACACGAAUAUUUUGGUGCACAGCCCUAUUACAACGACAAAAAUUUAAUAAAUUAACGUUGGUUUUAAACAUAUUAACGGCCGUAGGACAUGAAUCAUUACUACUGAUUUUAUGUCCUAUGGCCAAAGGGCCUUUGAUAAUUUACUCUUUAUUGAAGACUUAUUCCUGUUAGCUACUAAUAAUUCAUUUAACAGCUACCAAAAAAUGUGUCAUUUUUCCUGGCAGCAAGAUUCCUUCUAUUGCAGGCGUGCAACUUCACGUGUUUUUCGAUCAAAAUAA